AUGACAAAAUGGCUUCUGAGGACAGGGUUUUAUGCGACGCGACGGCCAGGUAAAUUUGCCUCGCGAUUGAGACCAAUACGACCACUGGCCAAAUUUCUGUCAAGCACACAGAGUCACGAUGAACCUCUGACCCUUCUUCGCAAGGCGACAGCUUUGCUUCCACGAGUAUUUCCUGCCCAGACAGCUCCUGGUGUUCAUAGAACCACAAACACCACCGAGUUUUGGAAUGGCGUUUUAUCGCAAGCGUAUGACGAUUUGUCCGCAAACACGGAAAGACCGGCAAGAGUCGUAGUGUACGGUUUGGACGAAUGGGCUAGAGCCCAAGACAUUGUCACGGCGCUGCUCGAAGAUCCUUUAGACUCAGACGAGACACAUUUCACGCUUUUACGUGAUAGGUGGAAAGACGUUCGACAGCGAAAUCUCACCCUCGUUUACGGCGAACCCGACAAGUCAGACCCCUCAACUCUCCAGAUACCUGCAUCUUACUUGUUGAAAUUUCCUGUUCCCUUGGAAAUUACUGAAAUCCGUGCUCUCUCCGCGAUACAAUCUACAGACGAUGUUAUGACAACCUCGUACCUCCCAAUAGACGAUUCUGUCAUGGCCGCCUUGUAUAAAGCUGAUAUACCCAUUGUCGUGUGCAACCCCAUCACUACACCGCUUUCAACACUUCUCUCCCUCUCGUUGCCCUCCAGAACAAUUAUCAUUUUGACUGCCGGCACAUCACAAGCACAGUAUUUCGAUCAGGUCCUCCAGCACUCAUCAUCGCCCCAUCUACACACGACAACCCGAAAAUUUCUCGUAAUGGACCCAGGCCAGGCUACUGCGGCACUCCGUGUUCUGCGAUCUGACCCUAACUCCUUCUCUACGAUCCAAAGAUACCAAGAUGGUUUCCUUGGGUCCAACGUAUCUGCAAUUACAAACGUUCUCAAGACCAUCCUUGACAAGCCAAAAACAUCGGCUUCAAAAGUCUUAUUAAAGCCUACGCUCCGGACAACGCUUGCGUUUCUUCACUUGCAGGAGGCGCUAUCAGCUUGCGCGGCAUCUCUUCAACACGCGAGAUGUGAUCUAGACCGUCUGUCCCUGGACGUCAGUGGCUUAAAUGAAAGGAUUGAAGAAAUAGAGGCACGAACAGAAGGCGAUGUGUUCGGUGGGCGACAUGAAGAUGGUCUUUCGAGCCAUGAUCAUGAGGUCGCUGAAGCGCUCAAGCUUGCCGAAAAGAACGUAAGAGAAGUAAUGACUCGAUUGAACUGGUGGCGCAUGGUAGGAAGAGUAGAUGAGAUCAGCAAUAUCGUCACCGCUGCUGUGGAAACGGCAUGGUGUCCAGUUCUGGAGAAAAAGCUAAUCUUGCGUACAGGCCGUCUAUCAACAAUCCAGGAUGCGCUUACAGCGGCUAGUUUCACCAUGCUUUCAACACAUCCCUCCAUACCGUCCGCAAUUCUCCGAAAUACCCUUGAACAGCUCACGUUCUCAACAGAAUACCCUCUAACGCCAGAAACUCUAACAAAUCCACUGCAUGCCCGGCGACGCCAAAUAAUUGACUAUCCGACGACGCGUUUGCACUUGGCUGGGCAACGAGCUGUCCUAGGAAUGACUGGAGGCAUUCUGAGUGGUGCUUGUGUAAGCUGGGCAGGUUGGUACGGUUGGUUAGUCGGCAGUGGGGAAGGUUUGUUUAGUUUCGUUGGCAUGGAUGCUGGGACGGCAAUGGGAGUUGGUAUCCUUGUUGCACUAAGCAGCUUGAGGUGGGCAGUGGGACAGUGGGAAAGAUCAAAAAGAAAGUGGUGGCAAGACUGGGUGAGGGUAGGAGAAGGCCUUGAUAGAGAUUUAAGGGUGCGUUCUGGCGGCAUACAUACCCCGUCCACUUGGGCUAAUAACGCGGAACCUAUUUCAAGGCAACUCUCCAAGGUGUGA